CCGGUGUUGGGUUUUGAUAUUUCCGACAGCACCUGACGUACACAGCAGCCAGAGUCAUCCUGCAGCUGAACUGAUCCUCCGAGACCUCAAGCUUCACUUCUCCUCACCGGGUACCUGCCACCAUCAGCCGGUCAUGGCGCUCCGGAGGUUCUUCGUGGGAGGAAACUGGAAGAUGAACGGGGACAAGGAGAGUCUGGGAGAACUGAUGACUACGCUCAACACCGCCAGCCUGCACGACCAGACCGAGGUGGUGUGUGCUGCUCCCUCCAUCUACCUGGACUUUGCUCGGUCUAACCUGGAUCCCAGAAUAGGUGUUGCAGCCCAGAACUGCUACAAGGUGGCCAAGGGAGCGUUUACAGGGGAGAUCAGUCCGGCCAUGAUAAAGGACUGUGGGGCAGAAUGGGUGGUCCUGGGACACUCUGAGCGCCGUCAUGUCUUUGGGGAAGGUGACGAGCUGAUUGGCCAGAAGGUGGCUCAUGCUCUGGAGAGCGAUCUGGGUGUGAUCGCCUGCAUCGGCGAGAAGCUGGAGGAGCGGGAGGCAGGCACCACAGAAGAAGUCGUCUACGCUCAGACGCAGGUCAUUGCAGAGAACGUGAAGGACUGGGGGAAGGUGGUGCUGGCAUAUGAACCUGUGUGGGCCAUCGGCACAGGCAAGACAGCUUCACCUGAACAGGCUCAGGAGGUCCAUGAAAAGCUGAGGGCGUGGCUCAGAGGCAACGUCUCAGAUGAAGUAGCCGACACUGUGCGCAUCAUCUAUGGAGGUUCAGUAACAGGAGCUAACUGCAGAGAGCUGGCGUCUCAGAGCGACGUCGACGGCUUCCUGGUGGGCGGGGCCUCUCUGAAACCAGAGUUUGUCGACAUCAUCAACGCACGCGCAUAAGGGACACAUGCAGUGCCUCCAUCUGGACCUAUGAAAAACACCCUGCCCUUUAGAUUGUCACCAUGCGUCUGCAAACUGCGCUGACUGAUCCACAGACAGGCGUGCCGAUUUAGACAAAGUUUUGUUGUUUUUUUUUAAUAUAUAUUGAAUGACUUAAAUAGAGGGUGAUAAAGUAAAUAUCUGGGAAUUUCUGGGAAUUUAGCUCUUUUAUUUGUAAAAUCACAGUAUGCAGUCAAACUACUAUAUUUUUCCCCCUGUUCCUAACUGUUGGGUUACACUAUCAAAUAUCUGUCAACUUGAUUGUCUGUGUUGACUGCAAGGAUUUAGAAGGCAUCAAAAAGGCUGUAAACAUCGUGAAAGUUUACAGUCGGUCUUCAUGUUUUCAGCUGAUUUAAUGUCCUAUUUUACAGAGCAAAUAAUUUCAGCUUCAGGAGAAAUUGGAUAGUGUGUGUCUAUUUUUCUGUGACUGUUUUCAUGUUUUACUUUUUGAGAGGUGAAAGAGGUGAAACUGUGUUUCAUUCAUCUCCUCACUACAGAAAUCUGUGCUGAUGUUCAAGUAUGUGAACGAUACGAAACGUUGGUAUCAGUAAAGCUUCAGCGGUUCUCAUCCUGCUCUGCUGUUAUUUAUAGAUAUUUUUUCCGCAGAAGAUCAGUCAGCCCAGGUUGUUUUCUGUGUUUGCUAACAGACUGAUAACAGUCUUGUAAUGUUGUAUUAAUGAUGCACUCUCUCACACUCCAAUGCAAAACUGUUACUUCAGGUCCCUAGACAAUAAAAGCUCUAGACAUAAUGUACUUAAAUAUAUAAUAUACUUGUAAAAUUUACAUAUAUGCAUAUAAUUGAUCUGCUGGUACUCAGGCUUGAGGAGUAAAGGACUUUUAUUGUGAAGUUGUCACCAAUAGGCACUAAAGCUUUUGCACAUUGCUACUAAAUGUUUCACACUGGGCAGCAUGUGUCCAUCGCAUUCAUGAGGAGGAUGUGACCAAUGUAUGAAGUGAAUGAAUAAAUAAAUAAAAUUUGCAAAACA